AAGCCUAUAGGGUUAAAUUCUUUGAAAUAAUGUCAUGCGAUUAGCUUGAAUAGGCUAUGGACGUGGGAGAGGUCGCGCAUUCGACCGGCAGGUGGCGGUAGCCUCAAAACAGUAGGACAGCGUUCAGACACCCUGCAACGGGACUGUGUUUUUCACGACAUUGUUUUUCCCCUUUUCUCACAUUAAUCACGGAUCUCCGACGGCAUUUUCGGCCUCAGAGGGCCGCAUCUACCAACCCUACUUCUCAACCGGUUGCUUACCUAUUCGCAGUCAAGACGAAUUAUGUAGUUUUUCUACUUGGUGUACAAUACAUUUGUUCCUGCCUUAUAUUUAAGAGGAAAGGAGCCCAAUGUGGGUGGAAGUGAGAUGGCAUCCAGAGAAAAACGACCCUUAGCGCCUUCAAAAUCAAAACAGAAGGCGAAUAAUGACUCUGGCUUGCCAUCUAAUGAGGUCAAAAGUAGAAAAGGCAAGUCUUUGACCAAUAUAAGGCAACAACAGCUUGCACGUGAUAUUUUUGAAGCGGUAGCAACGGGCAGUCAACUUCCUGCAAAAUUAGAGGCAAGUUUGCCAAGAAAGAAGGUUUUAAAGAACCUCAAACGUAAACAGAAAUUAAGAGUAACAAAAACUAAUUUCAUUAAGACAAAAGUUACCAAAAAAGUAGGAAGUAAAAAUUUAUGCAGGAUAAAUUCUGAUAUCAAGAAAGGUAUCAAAGCGAGAAAAGUUAAGUCAAUAGAAGAGAAAGUGGAAGAGGAGGAAGAAGAGGAGGAAGAAGAGGAAAAAUCUUCUGAUAUCAAUUUAAGAAUUACAGAAAAUCAUAUUAACGAUCUAGAAAAUAGCAAAACUGCUGAAAUAACCAACAAAAGUGCCAAGAUUAAUCUCAGGACCAAGAAAACCAAGUCCUUUACAAGAAUUAGUGGCGAGCAGGAUAACGAGGAUAAUUCGGAAAAAGAUCAAGACGCUCUUGUUAAUUCGAAUACAAAAAGUAAUACAAAGUAUAGUAAGAGGACUAAACCAGGUGAUACUGUGGACUCUUCCCCUAGAAGUGCCAAACUUUUAAAAAAUACAGGACUGAAAAAGAGUACGAUAAAGGAGAAAGAAAAUUAUACAAAAAUCAUAGAGGGAGAUAAAUAUCUGAAAGGUAAAAGAGGCACUAAAGAUACUGAUUCUCUUAAUAACAUCAAAACUAAUUCCGGCGUACAUAAAUUAUCUAAAUCUGUCUUAGAUAACAAGAGCUCUAUUGAUCUUACUAUCGACGAAGUUAUAGCUUCAAUGUUGAGUGAUUCAGAAGUAGAUAAUCAGCAAGGUAUUGUAGAAAAGGUAGAAGGAAAAAUAACUAGGAGUAGGAAAAUGUUGGUGGAUGAAAAUAUUAUUCCUGAAAGUGAAAUAAAGAAGGAACCCGAUUGUGAUGAUAGAAUUAUGUCGGAAGGAGAAUGUGGAGACAUUGAACAAGGAAAUCAUACUCAAACUACAAUUCAAUUAAGGAAGAGGUCAAAUGUUUUGUUAAGCCAAAGGAGUUUAAGAAAUGGAAAAUUGCGCCAACUUUCGGAUACAGUGGCUGCAAAUGAUGUAGAUGUUAAAAGACGACGUAGAUUAAAUUCAGAUGAUCCUGCUGCAUCUGAAACUUCGACAGAACAGAUUUCUGAUGGGAAUGUAGAUAUAGAAUCCUGUUUUUCUGAAUCUAGUGGUAAUUACUCUCAAAUAACUGCAAUAAAUAAAGAGGAAUGUAUAAUAAAAGAUGAUGCCUCUAAGAAUUAUGCCGAAAGUGAAACUGGUAUAGAAAUAGAAAACAACAAUAAUAGUGAGAGAGUAGAUAGAUUAAGUGAAAUAGGACCAACAUUACGUUCAAAGACAAAAGCCAGAAGUACGGAUAGUGAAACAAAAAUAGAUGAUAUCAAAGUUGAUGAUACACGUGUAGCAUCUAAAAAUGUAGAACUACCGGAAGAAAUAAAGAAAACCAGUAGUUUAGACCAAGUUAGGAAAGACACAAUUUUGUCAAAACUCACAGAUAGGUCUAAAGGUCGAAGGAAUAGUUUAAAUAUAGAUAUGAGGAAAACAGUAAAUUCUUUUUAUGGAACAGAGAAAUCUGAUGGCAAUCCAAAGUCACAAAUAGAUCAGAUGAUAGAGAAUAUAAAAUUAACAAUUGCAAAAUCAAUUGAAAGUAAAAUAUUUGGUCCAGAAAAGAAUCUUGGAUUGAGUAAAAAUUUUGAAAUUCCAAAGAUUGAGGAAAUCAUUGCACCGUUAAGUACUGAAUCUCAGAAGUUGGGUUUGGAAGAGAAUACUGAUGAAGAUAAACCCAAUGCAUCUAAGAAUGAGAGUAAAUCUGAAAGUUCUGAGAACUCAGUACCGAAAGUGGCUGAUACUGCCAAAGAGAUUGAGAAACUAGUCAUGGGUGACAUUGAAUUGGUUGAAACUCAAUCACAAAACACUCAAGAUAGGGAGACUCCUAAUAUUGAAGCAGUCAAUAAAAUUCACAAUUCUCAUGAACCCUCACAUGCUACAGUUAGUAAAGAAAUAAAUAAAUGUAAAGAUAUUAAAGAAAGUACUGAACCUGAUCAGGAUUCAAAUAUUACAUCUAAGAUAGAAGAACGAAUAGAAGAUAUUGAAAGUCAAUCGGUAGAUAAUAACAAGAAAAUAUCUCCUUUAUUGAGAAAAUCAGGGAAUUCAAAUGAUAAAAAUUCUCAAGAUAACAUUGAAGAGUCUGAAGUUGAAAAGAAAUUGGCAACCACAUCGGAUGAAUUAUUGCAUGAUUCUCUUAAGGAAUCUGUUAUAGAAAAAACUGAUGAACAUGCAAAUGAAGUUACUAAUGAGUCUACUACAAAUUUAUUACCUUCUACAGAAAUAAACGAAUCAGUAGAUGUACAAAGUACAAUUAUAGAAGUAAAUAAUGAAAUGGAUAAGACAAAUGUACCUCAAGUAGAAAGUUUAGGUAGUGCUCAUUGUUCAGAGGAGUCAGAAACCUUAGAAAGUAUUUAUUCUGAUGUUGAAAGAUUAGUGAAAGGGGAUGAACUAACAGGUUUAUCCGAUACGGUAGAGAAUAUAGAAGCAACAGGUGAAGAUGUAAAAUUAAAUGAUACAUGUAAUAAUAUUGCUGAAGAUGAAGAAAGUUCUCUUGUUGAAAUGGAUGAACAUUCUACAUCAAAAUUUACUACUAAUAAAGUAGAAGAAGCACUGACUGGUCAAGAUAUAGAUCAUUUAUCAAAUGAAAUUAACAAGCAAGACAAAGUUCAUAAUAUCAAUGAGAAUGUUGAGGUACCUACUGUUUCCUCUGAAUCAAUGCAAAAUCAGAAACAUGACAGAAACAAUUCUCAUGCAACGCCAGCCAUAAAUAGUGACUUAAAUUCAAUAUGCACCUCCACCAAAUCUCCAGUAUGUAUUUCAAAGGAAAUAAAUGAUUCUAUCAAGGAUGCUAAUCACGAUAAAGAAGAUAAUAAACAUCAAAAUUUUGAUACAUUAGUAGCCUCAAAUGAAAAUACCGUCGAUAAGAAAGUAGAUAAUUCACUGAAUACAGUUGUUGAUGAAAAAGGUAAUAAAUUAACAUCAGAAAAAAGUACAGAUGAACCCAAAGUUACAAAUGAAGAAAAUAAAAGAGUUUUAAGGGUUCGUGAUAAACAAAAGAAAGUGGAGAAAAGACCAACUUCUUGCAACAGAGAACAUGAAAAUACAUCAAAAUCUAGUACAGGAAGUGAUUGCCAAACAACAGAAGAAUUGAAUGGACAAAAUGAUAAUAAACAAAAUUUUGAACAGAAAGCUAGUACUGAAACUAUCUGUAACACUCCUGAAACAGACAUAUCUCAAAAUAGCACCAUGGAGUUUGAAACUAGUGAUGUUUCCGAGCCUCAUACUCGUACUAGACGUGGUAGAGAAGUGAAAAAACGUAAGGAAGAUCAGCAGUUAAAUAAUACGUUGAAAAAUAAACGAACCAAACGAGAUAUCAGAAAGUCUGACCAACAAAAGGAAGAAACAUUGCUUGACAAUGAAGUCGCCAAGAUAAAUGAAAACAACAGAUCAUUCCUUAAUGAUUAUGACAAUCUUGCUAAAUGUUCUGAUAGUUUUAGAGGUUUCUCUGAAGGUGGCCGUGAUAGCUUAGACAAAAUUCAAAAUAACAAUGACAAUUUACGUAGUAAAUCAGAAAAUGAUUUAGUAAUUCCAAAUGAACCAAAUAGAACAGAAAAAGAAGGACGACUUUCGAGUCAUAUCGCAGACAAUGAUUUAUCAAAAGAAGGAAGUAAUAUGAAUUUGUUGGAUGAUUGUAAAUCUAUUAAAAUGGGAGAAACUUCUUCUCAAAAAGAUUUAGAUGAGACAUCUACUUCGGAUGAAUCAUCUAGUAGUGUUAAUAUUACUGCGAAAAUUUUAGAAACGCCGGAGGAUAAAGCUAAAAAAGAAUCUAUUUUGAGAUUAUUGGGUUUGGAAUCGUUGGAAAAAGCUGCAGAGAGAUUAAAUCAUCAGAAAGCGAGGAAGGAACAAUAUACAGGUACAUUGAAAACUGUGAUUCGUGUACAGAAGGAAAAAGAAAAAGACAAAAAACGAUCGAGAUCUCCUUUGAAAAUGGUUUUGAAGCAAGGACGCACCGACGGGGAAGGAGAUUCGCCUGAAUUUUACACCAUACAAAAGGAGUUUGGAACCAGUGGUUUGGGAGAUAGCAGCUCUGGUGCGAACCGAAAGUUCACUACUAACCACAGACACUCUUGCGAUGAAGAUAACGAAGAAGCUCCGCCGAAGGAUCGUCAGUCUCUUGUCAUUCCUGAGAAAUCAUCUUCUUUUUCUAUUCAUCCAGGACGAUUAUGUGCGGACGUAUGUUGUUAUUGUUUUGGAAAAUUUGGUUCUUUGGAUACACCUAUGCACUUGGCACAAAUGAAAUCGGAUGAAAGACGAAAGAAGAUAUUGAAUAUAGAAAGACACCUUACCAAGGAUUCUUGUCUGUGUGACGCGUGUUAUCGUCAUGUAGAUAGAAAGGCGAACACUAGUCCAACGAACAUGCAAACAAAGCCACAAAAGCAACAUCGUCAAUUGAUGGUAUCGAAAUGUUCAGCCCGUGAUUGUAGAGAUCCAGCACGUCAUCAUGUUAAGCGACGUUGGUUACUUAAAAUUAAGGCUGGACUUCAAAAUCAGGUUGAUAUUGAUUGGGAAUCGAGUCAACACACGUCUAUGUCAUUCUGUGUCAUUCAUUACGGUAAAAUCGAAAGGUUUUUGACCUGUGCACUUUGUAAUCGGAGAUUGGCUAGAAAUCAUACGCAUCAGUUAUCAAACGCUGAAACUAUAGAAUUAAAUCAACGACUCUCACAACAGGCGAUACCUGUUUCACUUGCUGCGGGCACUUUUGUUUGCAAGUUGUGUCGGUAUUUCACACAGUUGCAAAUUAAAUACAAGGAUCCUGAAAAUAUGAAUAUGAAUCAUAGAUCUUUCUUUAAGAGCUAUCGAAAAAGGAUCUUACAUUAUCACGAUAUUGAGGUACUCGAGAAUGAGGACGAUGAUUCUAAUAGUCAAUCGAAAGACAAGGAUAAACGUAAAAAGGCUAAAUGUACACCGGCUAAGAAUGGCAGUUCGAAAUCGCCAGACGUCACGGCAAAUUCAGCCUCGGAUAAGUCGACCCCCGAAUCUAUUAAAAAUGAGGGUACAAAUUCUGAACCGGACAAUGACAAUCGUUCUGUUAAAAUUAAUACGAACGAUCCCAUUCCUACAGACGUUCAAUUCAUUGGCGUUGAGGGUACCGUAGAAAAAUUGAAGAAAAGAAAAAUACUCGAAGUGAAUAAUUAUACGUCAGACGGUACGACAACGCCUUGCGAUGGUUCGAACGAAGUCGUAGAGAUUCUUGCUAUGGACAAGGAAGUAACUUUGACGAAGUUACCGAAAAGGGCAAGAACGAACAACGACAUAACCCCUGUCGUACAACGACUCGGAGCUAAUCCAUCUAUAAGCGUCCGUACUCUUUUCCCAGGCGAAGAAGAAAUGAAUCUUCAUGCCAACAUAGAGUUUACCAAUGUCCGUGAGAUAACGCCUCAGGGUUGGGAAAAAUGUGCGACGAUGAUUCAAUAUGACAGAGACACGAAACUUUUAUGGCAAGAAUUACAAAGACCAUACGGUAAUCAAAGUUCUUUCCUGAGACAUUUAAUACUUUUGGAAAAGUAUUAUAGGGCAGGAGAUUUGAUAUUGGCGCCUAACGCAUCGCGUAAUGCGAUAAAUUAUUCUACGUCGGUUCAAAACAGAUUGAUAUCGUACGAGGGCCCUGAAAAAAUGGACGAACCGAUAAUGGAACCGAUAUCCUCCGAAUUUAAUAAUUCUCGUCGUUUGAGCGGAGGAUACGUACUCGAAAGGGACAGACUCUCGUUACCCACAGGAAGUUGUAAUGCGAAGUCACCGGCGAUACAAUUAACGGCAAAGGGAAGUCCACCGCGUGUUCUCAAAUUAAAUCCGGGUGUAUCAAUUAUAAAAAAACCGCCUCCUAGUUUGCAGCGACUUAAUUUACCGUCUACCAGUUCGGCCAAUGGAAAUAUCAAACGUAAAGAUAACUCGAAAUUGCCGAUGUCCUCCGGCGGUAAAGUGUUCCAGUUAAGCGAACCGGAUUUUAAACGGCUGCAACAUCUUAAGAAACAGAAACAAAUGUUUAGUGAGAAACAGUGCGUAAGUCCUACGGGUGUAUCGGGUAAUCCAAAUUCACCGCCGAAUUUCAAAUCUACGACGACGCAAUAUCAAAAAGCACAGCUGGCCGCUCAAACCCAAUUCCAAAAGCACUUGAGAAUGCAACAGGAAAUGUUGAAUCGUCAAAGUAGAGGUGAUUUCGAGCCGCUUAUAUGUGACAUACGUUUGUCGAAUGAGAACAGUCCUACCCAAAAUCUAUUACAUAAUCUUAAUCUGCCAAAGUCUAUACAAGUGACUACAAAGCCAUCUAAUCCAAUUCCAAUUUUGCCAAAAAUUCCAAAGUCAUUGACGGUAAUACCACAAACUGUAACGAGACCAACCGAGAAAUGAAAGCCGAGAAAGCGGGGGAAAAGUAAGUAAAUAUAAACGCCUUCUUUAAUAGAAAACUUGUCCCCGUCUCGCUGGGCCCGUCCGUACGUAAACACACUCUCUCCACAUAAAUAGAUUCGUUCAAGAGGUCUCUUUGGAUAAAACGUGAAUAAGGAUCUUACGAAUGUCCUUGUUUUUCUAAGAUUCCUAGACGAGGUUACAAAGAUAUUGGAGACGGACAAAGUUGUUUGCAGGCAAAUAGUAAUAGCAUGCUUUAUAUAAAUGCGUUGAGAAUGACGCAUUUUUAUCUUCGAGCUACGAUAACUCGAAUAAUAAAUGAGAAUACACGAUUUUACACACUAUAUUACUUAAGAGACGAGAAAGAAUAAAUUAUAUAGACGUGAUGAUAUACAUCGUCAAUCGUGAAUUAAAUAGAAAUAUACACAGAGUAUGUAUAUAGUAAUCGUGCGCAAAUUGAAGAAGGAGAAAAGGAAGAGAAACAGAGAGAGAGAAAGAAGAGAGAGAGAGAGAGAGAGAGAGAGAGAGAGAGGAGAGGUAGAGUGAUAGAGAGAAAAAAAAUAUAAGAUAUUUCGAUUCUAAAGAUUUAUCCCAUCAACCAAAGUUUUUCUCAUCUGUAAAGACAAAUUUAGCGGGACAUGCAAAUUUUGUUUGAUUUCCCACUAUGAGAAGUGCCUAUAUAUAAAUGACACAAAUGGAGUCGUUAGUUUUUAUCGGUAUACGAUGUGCAUUAAAUAAUAAUGAUCAAUGAACAAUACGAACAAUGAUGAUACGAAAAGAAUUCCGACGACCUUGUGCUUUUGGGUUAUUAUAAACCUGUUACGUAUCGCUCUUUAUUUCAUUACUUGUGUGUAAAAGUUUAACGAAUAAUAGGUAGCAUACAUUCUAUAUACCGGUUCAGAACAUAAAGGUCUCUGCCUCUUGUGUCGUUCGAAUAGAUUCAAAUAGAUCAAUAUAGAUCGUUAUUGAAUAAAUCGAAUAAUCUUAUAGAAUGAGAUCGAACGAUCAAUGAUGAUGCUAGCCGAUUUCAUUAUAUCUUUCUUUUGAAAGAAUUAUAUAUUUUAAGUUCGACAUGAUAGCAUACUUUUAUCCUAGACGAAAUGUUCUUGGGGUGGUAUGGUGGAAAGCCUUUAUCGUUCCGAACCGAAAAAACUGUGUAUUGUAAUGUUGGCCUGUUCGCCCAUGUAGCGAUCGCAAUGACGAUGAUAAUGAUGAUGGUCAUGAUGGUGAUGACGGUAACGAUUAUGAUUAUAAUUAUUAUGAUGAUGAUGAUGAUGAUGAUGAUGAUGAUGAUGAUGAUGAUGAUGAUGAUGAUGAUGAUGAUGCUGAUGAUGAUGAUUUGUAAUUAUUAUAUGGACGAAUGUUAUACGUGUGAAAUAGAAUGUAUACUUUGAGCUUAUUUAUUACGUUACUACAUUAUCGCAUUGUAUAUAUAUUGAAUAAUUAUUUUAGUUUUUAACUUCAUAUAUAUUAAGCCGAUAACGAUCACCAUUACGACUUAUAAAAAAAAACGCGUUGUGUAUGAUUCCUUAAUGUAGCCUUUUGGCGUACGCGCAGUAAUGAACAGGAAAAACAAAACAACAAAAACAACAACAAAUAACAAAAUGGGGUCAGAAUUCGUACGAACUUUUUUUUUCUACGUUUUCUUUGUCGCCACGUGAAAUAUUAAUAUUAAUCGACGAGUGUCUCUACUCCUAAUAACGACUUUAUUUGCGUUUUUGCAAAUUCAUGCUGUACGAUAAAGAAGUAUCUCUUCCACGAUUCGAAUUUUGUCGAGGACCGACUAAAUGCAUUAUAAUUUUUCUUUUCUU